AUGAUUCCCCCUCCUACUGAGAAAGGCGAGGGACCGGAAGUCGCCCCGCUGUUGACGCUUAAAGCAAUCACCUUUUGGGGUGCAGAUAUAGAGCUCGACAUGACAGAGACGCCUUCCCAGACACCCUGGGCCCUGACCAAGGCUCACAUUUUUGCCAUACUGGACGAGGAUGUCUACCGACCCGAUAAGAACUUGGGACUUGCCCCCGGACUUAUCCCAGCGGAGGUACGACGCGCGGAUUUCACGGAAAGAGGCCCAGCCAACGACAGAGAAAAACUGAGCACCUUGCAAACCAGAGCAUGGAUUGAGCAGUGGUGCAGAGAUGCAUUUGUCCUUGUCGAGGCGAAGAAGGAGAACGAGAAUCUGAACACACAUUUUGAACAACUCGAUGCGCUGUUCUCGACCCUGAUGAUCUGCAACUUCCAGCUCGAAAGGCAUAAAAAGGACAGGGCUACCGUUGUGGACAGCGCUUAUACCGUGCUGCAACGCCUCCCACGACACCCGCCCGAACUGACAUUCGAAUAUAGUCGGCGCUCGAGAAGCAACAAGACAGAAUCGGUCGGCAACCAAUGGCCACCUGAAUACUUUUGUGGUUCCUCUGCAGUAGGAAUAGAGGAAGUGGAUGCGCCACAGGGGUACAGGUGGACAGAUCUGCGAGUUCUUUCCAGACCCUGUACCAACGUCGUCCGCACUGCUCUCUGGCUGUGCAUGAAUAGGACAAAUGCAAUCGCAAUCCACGAAUACGCGGACACAAUAGUCAAGCUCCUUGAUACAGUGACCGACCUCCAAAAAGCCUCUACGACAGAAUCUGACGCGCGAGCAUGGUUCGUUCUGACUGCUCUUUUCUGGUCAGCUUGGCAGCAAACAGUGAUGCUACAGCUAUGUUUCGAUGCCACAAUUCGUCUGGACUACGGGUACGCAUCGGACGAAAACUACCAUAUCAUAGCAAGAGAGACUCCCUCGGUAAUGCCGCCGCGCGAGAUAGUGGAGAGAUUGAGACCGAAGUAUAUGUGCCAAUGGGCGUUUGAAUUGCUGCGCGCAGACCUGAGCUCUGUCACCCAGGACUUUAGGGCACUUUUCGAAGUAUAUGAGCGUCAAUUUGGUGGUCGGGAAUCGCGAUGUAACGUCAUUGACAGUGGGAGGGUAUGUGAUGGCAAAGCGCCUGCAAACUGUGAGAGAUUCCUGUCAAACAGGGUGGAGGAUCAAUCCGCUCAUGAUUUCCAAUGCCCUGGCUCUUCCUGCAGCCUCUUGACCUGGGACGAGCAGUCAUACAUGAGUAUCAACGGAGCGAGGGCAGUCUGUCUGGAGACCACGGACGACAAGCAUAUUCGAUAUCGCCCCGUAUCCGGCGAAAACAUGGCAGUAUCCCAUGUCUGGAGCCAUGGACAGGGCGGACGACCAGAGACGGGAUUCAACAUCUGCCUUCAUCGCAGGUAUACCGAGCUUGCAAGAUCUCUUGGUUGCACGUCAUACUGGAUGGACAGCCCAUGCAUACCAACGGACGAUGAGCUCCGCGACGAAGCAAUCGGCCAGAUCAAUGACAAUUUUAUCAAUAGCAAGCUUGUACUACUUGUUGACCGCGACCUCAUGGACAUAGACAUCGAGCCGCUGACUUUAGCCGCGGAAGAGGCAAUACUAGCAACCCUUGUGGUGUGCGACUGGAACGUCCGCGCGUGGACUCUACUAGAAGGCAUUCGCGGCCGAGCGAACCUGCAUAUUCUCUGCAAGGACAACCGCGUCAUCCCCCUAAAGACUGUCCUCACGGAUAUCCUCUCAAAGAGCUGCCUCAGUCUUGUUUCGCCCUGCCUAGCGGUCCAGCAUUACACACCGACUAGAGACAAAGUUGACCUGGUCAAGACCGAGCAGGCAACGUGCCUCUUGAACCACCGCCACCCAACCAAGGAUAGAGACAUCAUAAUCAUCUGGAGUCUGGUCUGCGGCUCAAACAAAGUGGUCAAGACCGCGGAGGCGUUUUGGAGGUCCAUGGUGGGCGGACGGCUUGCCACGGGAUUUCUUGUCUCGAGCUCACCACGGAUCAAGGGGAUUCGCGGGUUGAGCUGGGCGCCUGAAAGGCCAAAUCUCGUUCCUCCUGCGUCAGCAUCGUCGCCAAAAGGCGCUGCUAGCACACACGCCAAAGGCAGUCUACAGCAACAGCAGUACCCGGCGUUCAAUGGGGAGAACAGCGUUGCCGGCAAGAUCACGCCGGACGGGUUUCGGGCUGAGUGGCUGGUUUGCAAGAUCCAGCGCCGCAGAGCUCUUCCUGGCGCGGGCCUCUUCUGGCUGCACGGCGCCUCAGAUGAUGAUGAUGGGUACUUUUAUGUCUACAAUAAAGGCGCUAACGAUAAGAUGGAUGUCAAAAGUCUUUUCUAUUUGCGUUCUGUGGUCGCGCCGUUGUUUAAGCGGUAUCGUUGGGUUUCACUAUUGCUGCCGCCGUGGUCACAACGAGGGGGCGAGCACAUUGACCCUCCGGUAAGGCCAUUCAAGUAUCAGGGCGAGUGUGAGGGUCUUGUGAUGGCUAUUGUUGCGAGUAAUGAUGAGGCCGGGUCGGAAUGGGAGUGGCAGGGCGUCCAUGAGUGGGAUGUCAAGUUUAAAAUGCCCGAAUUUCCCAUUGCUAACAUUUUGAUUGUUUAG